AUGUCAACAGCACCAGCACCAGCCGAAGAACACGAACUUCAGGAAAUCCGCAACCACGAUGCACCUUCGGACGAGAUAACCACGGCAAGGAGCGCUGCAUCUCAAGUUGAAGUGACCACAACCAGCGCUCGAACUCCCUCACCAACCCUCUCAGGCGAGACCGCCGUAGCCAACGAGCCCGAAGCCGCCCCUGCUCCAGCGUCUAGCUCAGGAUGGGCGCCACUACCACCACAUGCAAUGCCGCCCCCAACCCACCAAACUCGCACCGAUACCCCUCGAGCAGCACGACCAAGACCAACCAGGCGUUCAUGGCACGCCCCAAUGACCCGACGCGAGAAGUGGGUGCUCGCUACGAUCGUCGCCGUCCCGGCGGCGGUGUUGAUUGGGACUAUGGUGUAUGUUGCUGGUAAGGCUUUGAGGACGGAGAAAGGGGAUUGGGGAGAGGGAUGCUGA